CAGGCUUGUUGACCAAUGGGGAAAGAGAGAAAGAGAGAGAGAGGAGAUAGAGAGAGAGGAGGGAAGGAGGCAAGGAGGGGGAGAACAAGAGUGAGGAGAGAGAGAGGGACAGAGCAACCAAGACACAAAAGUUGUGACUUUACAAAGAGGGCAGGUACCAGAGGCAGGACCAUGAAGGCCAGUGUGGGACUCUUCUUUGCUUUGGCUCUGUUUCUCCUGAUGGGGGCAGUGUUGACACAGAGACUACGGCCAAAGAAACCCACCAGGCGCCCGGCCACCACACGAAGGCCUCCUGUUGUCAAGCCCGCUAGACCAGCACAGCCCGCUAGACCAGCACAGCCCGCUAGACCAGCACAGCCCGAGCCCCAGGAGCCCACAGACUUCCCCCCCGUCAUCUUUGGCCCACAAUCUGUCUUCCGCGACUGCCCCCGAGAAUGUUUAUGUACCCCAGAUUAUCCAAACUCUCUCAACUGUGAGAAUCGAAACAUCCGUGUUAUCCCUGUCAUCCCGUCCAGGACCCACUACUUGUACCUUCAGAACAACUACAUCUCUGAGGUCACAGCAGAAGCGUUCGUCAACGCCACCGAGGUCCGCUGGGUCAACCUGGCGAACAAUCGCAUUCAUCGAAUUGAUAAACAGGUAUUUGGCAAGAUCCCAGCUCUGCUCUAUCUCUACGUGCACCGUAACCAGCUAAAAGAGGUUCCUCAAGGUCUCCCCUCAGGCCUGGAACAGCUCCGUCUUAGUAGGAACCGGAUUACCAAGAUCCCCGCAGGUGCCUUUAACAAGAUGGGUAACCUGACCCUCCUUGACCUGUACUACAACCAGCUGAGUGACAGUGACCUGGGAAAGAACACGUUCAAGGAUCUGAAGGGUCUGGUGCAGCUCAAUCUGGCUCACAACCUGCUGAAGAAGAUGCCCGACGGCGUACCUGACAGUGUCAUACAGCUGUUCCUGGACAAGAACCGCAUCGACGACAUCCCAAAGAACUACUUCAAAGGCUUCAAUCACCUGGCGUUCGUCAGGCUGAACUACAACCAGCUGAGUGAUAAAGGUGUUCCUGCAGCUGUGUUCAACUUCUCCACGCUGCUGGACCUGCAACUGGCCCACAACCAGCUCACGUCUGUUCCCCUCUUCAAUGGACACCUGGAGCACCUGCACCUCAACCACAACAGCAUUGAGACCAUCAAUGGAACUCUAAUCUGCCCUCACAGCCUUCACGUUGAUGACAGUGAUCAAAGCACGGUGCCCAGACUUAGGUAUCUGCGUUUGGACGGAAAUCACCUGAGCCCUCCCAUCCCGCUGGAUGUCAUCAUGUGCUUCAGACACCUCCACUCUAUCGUCAUUUAGGAGAAGCAUGCGUCAAGGCCUGUGCACAUGCACACAAAUACACACACGUGCUCGAAUACACACGCUAGAGCAAACACAGGCAGGUGGAGUGCACAGGCUAAAAUGAAAAACGCUCAGAGGAUCAGACGGCCUGUGUGCACUCAUGGUGUGGAGAUUUAUCUUAUUUAUCUUCAGAUAAUUGACAAAACUUUCAAGCUUUAAUAGUUUCAGCUCCUUCCACGUUGAGACCAGUUUAGGAGGUGUAGUUAAUCCAUCAUUUCGUGCGUCUAGAUCAGGCCUGGGCAAACUGUGUGACCCGGCAGCCACAAUUAUUCGUGAGGACUAAGAUAAAUGACAUGUAAAAGUCAUGCAUAAAGGCUGAAAUGCUAAAAGGCUUUUAUCAUUUUCUACGCCAUCUAUUGGCAAAACGUGGAUAUUGCAGUGAAAAUGCAUACAAUGAUAAUCUAUAAAAAAA